AUUGUAGGCCUGGCGAACAGCCUCGCAUAUGCGGGCUUCUUGGUGAUGCUAGUGCUGCUUAGUAAUAAUAGAACACACAUCGAAAACUCCUUCCAGCCAACCCCACACCCCAGCUUUGAUGAUGAUGAUGAAUAUCUUGACAUACCAGAGGAGGACAAACACCUUUUGGAGCUAAUCAUGGAUAACAUUGAUCUUGUGAAGAUUGUGAUUUACAUCUUGCUGGGUGCAUCGCUUCUGAUAGUAAUCACCGCCUCGAUGCUUAUCCAUGGUGUCAGGCAGAAUCGUCGAGGUCUCCUCAUACCUUUCGUUAUACAAGAUGUGAUCAACUUGCUACUCUUGUGUGCUUUUGCUGUUUUGGCUCUUGUUGUGUUGGGAACUAGUAUGGUGAUUGUCAUUAUAGUUAUUGUUAUUUUUGUGGUAAUCCUUAUUAAAGUUUACUUUUUGAUGGUGGUGAUCUCUCAGUACCAAGCUCUUGGACUCAUCCGUAUGCAUGAAGAAAUUAGCAUGAAAUAAACAGAUUAAUAUAAAAUAAAAACAGUGAAUCAGAAGGAAAGAGGCAGGACCAAAAGCUUGAACUCGACUACUGCAGACUCGAAUAAGUAAUCACACAUACGAAGAUAAUGCAAAUUUGUGCAGAGCUUGGCUGAUUAUAACUUUUCUUUUUUUUUUUUAAUUCUAAGACUUGUAUAUUACAUUACUCACCACAAUGAUGGAUCUUGCAUCUUAUGAUGUUUAGCUAAUGUAAUUGAUGUAUAACACUUAAAUAAGUCUAAAUUUUUUGUAGCUAAGUAUGUAUAAUUGUAGCUACAGUAUAAUAAUCUCUUACAGUAUAGUUUACUCAUACAGGUCCUAUUCAUAAAGGAAUUGAAUUACAUAUAUGGUAUAUUUUGAUAUUCAUUUUUUAUACAGGUAGUACAACAGAGUAUUUUGUUAUAAAAAUAUGUCUCUAGUUGGGACAAAGGGAACCGAUGUUUUUCACUGAACUUAUAUGCAUUUAUUUUGGAAAAGUGAUCUUAGUUUUUUUUUUAUUUUUACUGUAUGUUAGUCUCAUUUGUGAAGUGCAUUUAUUACAUGUUAAUAUCUAUAUAACUUGGUUGAAUGAUUUUGCCCUCUAAUACAGGGUUGUCACAUGUGCCUUUCAGUAGGAGUUAAGUUAAUUCUGGGUAGAAAAUUUUAAAAUGUAUUGCACUAUUUUUUGCAUUUAGCACCUACAGGAAACUGAUGCAAUAAACCCUCUCAUAAUGUAUGAGAUAAAUUCCUGAACAUUAACUCCUCAUGAAACUCAAGUUUUAUACGAGGUGAAGAUCAUAAGACAAAAAUAGGACUGUAACCAUAUAUACACACCUAAAUUUGCUAAAAAAAAAAAAAAAAAAAAAAAAAAAAAAAAAAAAUAAUAUUCUAGCUCUUAUUGCGUGCUGACAUGGAAGUAAGAAGAGACUGGUGUUCAAAGGAGAAAAUACAACCAUACCCCCGGCCGGGAUUGAACCCCCGGCCGGGGGUAUGGUUUAUUUGCAAUCGUGUCAUUACGAUUUCUUAAGUCAGAGAAAAUACAAACUAGGGAGAGAGGGGAUGGCCCUCUACAGGUGAAGACGAUGGAUUACAAAUUUCUGAAGCACGAAUGGAAACUGGUUAGAGAAAUGGAGAACGAGUACAAACUGAUUGCUCCUGUCUUUCGUGCACCUCACAUGAUACAAAGAGUUAUAAAUGAAAUUAAAAGGAAUCCCAAAUACUACAUCCUGUACAGGGCCAUUACUUAAAGGGGAUUGAACAUACACUGAUGACAUUAAGGAAAUGAGUGAAAUAUUGAAUUCACAACAUGACUGUAUUCAGUGAACUGCUCACCAACCUGCAGAUUGAUGGCCCCUAAUGAGUUUUUUUGUGAAUGAGACUUGAAACCCUGCCAAUAUCUCCACAGUUUACAAUGUAGCUCUCUCCCCAUUUGACUUUGAAGAAGUCAUCAACAGUGUGUCCACAUUCACUCUGCUCCAGGCCCAGACUCUACACAUGCAGUAACUUUGUCUUAUUUAGCUGUAUUUAUCUUGACAAUCUUUUCACUAGGUCACUCAUUGCACAAGCUUUUAUUUUCUUUAUUUUGUAUAAGUGUACAGAUGUUGGAUACUAACCAUUGUACAAUCUACUAUCUAUGCAGGCAGUCUGCAUCACAAGUACAAUAUCUCAUAGGAUAUCUAAAAUUUCUACUUCAGUUCCGUGAGAUUCUCUUUGUUUUUCUUGACAUCUUCAUCACUAGUAUUCCUCUUGAGUGUCAUGACUAUCCAAAGAUAAGAUGGAGUGAUGAAAAUAUUCAAAAUAAAUAAGAGGGUGCAAGGUAUGUGACCUUCCCAGAAAGCAGGUAGAGUUGGCGAUGGCCUUCGAGGAGGAAGCUGUGCUUUUUCCAAACGCUUGAUCCUUGGGUGCGAUGCAAGUCUGAAUAUUUCAUUGUGCAUGGUAUCCAGAUUUUGCAUAUAACUUGAUGCUUUCACAAUUUACAACACUUAAUAUAUACUCUUCUUGGUAUCUACUGUAUGAAAUUUUGGAUGCAUUCUUCAUUUGUGUUUCCACAAAAUCAUAUGUAAUCUCAUGAUCAAAGGGUUUACUGUAUAUACAAUAAUUUCAUUUGUCUUAAGUUUUCAUAAGACCAAAUAUUCAGAAAAGUGUAAAAAAUUGGUAAUAGACACAAGAACUGAAGGCAUAAAUUGUUUUGCUUAAAAUAUCAAGGGCUGAUUAUAGUUCUUAUGAACAGUUACCAGUUUUACUUCCCUUAAUGUUAUUUAUUAUAAGUGGAAACCAAAGUUUAUUAUGUCACUAUCUGGUGCACUAAUGCUGAAAUAUUAAGAGACAUUAAAAUAUAGAUAAAUCAUCAUGCAUGUAGCAAAACAAGACUUUGUGACAAUGUUUUGUUUUAAGGAGAACUUUUUGAAGUCAGGACUGUACAUCCAGUACACACACAUUACCAGGUUUAAAGGUAAUGUGUAUGUAAUGUGGGGUCAGAUCCUAUGCACCUUGCCUUUAUCUUACUUCUGCAGUAUAUAUAGGAUAUACACUGACAAAAAAAUAAUUCUUUACAAUAAAGGUUUGUUCUGCUACGUAUAUGCCCUUCAACCAAACCAUCCUAUACUUGCUUAUUGUGAUAAAUAAGUGAACCAGGAGGCAAGGGCAAAAAAUUGUUAGGAACUAUGUAUGACCUGCUCAGUGACUCGUUUAAAGCUUUGUCAAGCUUACAAGGUAACAGGCCAAAUUUAGUUUAUAGCAGAGCACUUGGCUCUUGUGUAAAGUGACACAGCUGGCAGGAGAAAUUUAAGAAUUAGUAAUUUUUUAUAUUAAUACAUGUUCUUUGUCCAGUUUGUAAUCAAGAUGUCUAAAUGACAAAGGAGUUAUAUUCUAAAGGUACACCUUGACUUUUCCUAGUUUAUAUUAAAGAAUUUACAUUGAAGGUUAAAUAAAAAUUUUUUAUAAUG